GCUCCCAGUGUUUGGUUUCCGCGCCGCGCGCAGACCUGAGCCGACAUGGAGACAACAAGCAGCGACAGCAAACCAGAAGAACCGAAACCAGAGGGGGGACCGGACGAGGACCGGUCCAUGUCCAGGUCCGACAGCGGGAGUGGAGACGACUCCUUGGACAGCAUCUCAAACUGUAUCCCCCGCUGCCCUUUGACCCCGUCUUUAUCGCCACAAAAACGGACCACAAGCCGGUCUAAGACGGAGCCUCCUCUGCUGAGGACCAACAAACGGACCAUCUACACCGCUGGGAGACCGCCGUGGUACAACGUCACCGGGACCACCUUCAAAGAGGCGUUCGUUAUCGGUCUGUGUGGAGGAAGUGCGUCCGGUAAAACCACCGUCGCCAAUAAGAUCAUCGAAGCGCUGGACGUCCCCUGGGUGGUUCUGCUCUCCAUGGACUCUUUCUACAAGGUGUUGAAUAAAGACGAGCAGGAGCUGGCGGCCAAAAACGAGUACAACUUCGACCACCCUGACGCCUUCGACUUCGAGCUGCUGAUCACCGUCAUCCGAAAGCUGAAGAAAGGGAAGAGCGUCAAAGUCCCCGUGUACGACUUCAAGUCUCACUGCAGACGGAAGGAAUGGAAAACCGUGUACGGGGCCAACGUUGUCAUCUUCGAGGGGAUCCUGGCUUUCGCCAACAAGGAGCUGCUCAAGCUGCUGGACAUGAAGGUGUUCGUGGACACAGACUCCGACAUCCGCCUGAUCCGGAGGCUGAAGAGGGACAUCUCCCAGCGCGGACGGGACAUCAGCGGCAUCAUCAAACAGUACAACAAGUUUGUGAAGCCGGCGUUCGAGCAGUACAUCGAGCCCACGGUGCAGUCUGCGGACAUCGUGGUGCCGAGAGGUGGAGAAAACUUUGUAGCGCUGGAUUUGAUUGUUCAGCAUGUUCACAGUCAGCUGGAGAAGCGUGAGAUCACUGUGAGAUCAGCUCUGGCCUCGGCUCAUCAGGGUCAGCCUUUACCCAAAACCCUCAGUGUGAUGGAGAGCACGCCGCAGGUCCGAGGCAUGCACACCAUCAUCAGGAACAAGGAGACCAACAGAGACGAGUUUAUCUUCUACUCUAAGAGAUUAAUGAGGCUCCUGAUAGAACAUGCUCUCUCCUUUCUUCCCCUCAAGCCCGUGUCCGUGGAGACGCCGCAGGGUGGCGUCUAUGACGGGAAGAGGCUGAGCGGUAAAAGAAUCACAGGUGUUUCCAUCCUGAGAGCAGGAGAGACCAUGGAGCAGGCUCUGAUGGCUGUGUGUAAAGACAUCAGGCUGGGAAAGAUCCUCAUCCAGACCAAUCACGACACAGGAGAACCAGAGCUUCACUACCUCCGCCUGCCCAAAGACAUCAGUGAGGACUACGUCAUCCUGAUGGACAGCACCGUGUCCACCGGAGCUGCAGCCCUCAUGGCCGUCAGAGUGCUGCUGGACCACGAUGUAGCCGAGGAUAAGAUCUUCCUGUUGUCCCUGCUGAUGGCGGAGAUGGGGGUCCACUCGGUGGCGUACGCCUUCCCUAAAGUACGCAUCAUCACCACCGCCGUGGACAAGGAGGUCAACGACCAGUUCCACAUCAUUCCAGGCAUCGGUAAUUUUGGCGAUCGUUACUUCGGCACUGACGCUCCAUCAGACUGGUGCGAGAGCGACGAGGGGAUGGACUUCUGAGGAGCGAGCUCAUCAUCGGGGUUGUUCCUAAAAGCACUUAGAGCUGUGAGGACGGUGACAAACAGACACUCCUUCACUCCAUCCUGACCCAUGAGGUGACGCUGUAAACCUGUUGCUACCUGCUCACAUGAGAGGACUGAGUAACAUACGCACUAGUAUCCACUUCUGACGCCUCACUCUGUGUGUUUGAGUUUCAGAUUAAGGUUUUCAGCGUGUAGGAGCAUUUAAGGACAUGAAACAUUUCUAUUACGCACAUCAGUUUGUGUUUUUAACAAAGUCUGCAACACAGUCUGCUCUGUGCAGCGUCAACAAACCGGCUGACACAGGAUUUCCACCAGAUCCAUGUCCGGUCCGUCUCAAAUUCGCUGCGGUCCGGCUCAGUGCUCUCUCAACACCCACCGUUAGUGUUUACAGAACGGAGCAUGGAGCAGGACCGCCGGACAGCUGGAUUCAUGUGACCGGAUUCAAGGAUUCUCCUCCUCCUCCUCUCCUCAUCCAUGUUGUCUUUCUGGUCCUCU